UUUCAACAGAAAAGCCACUGGAGUGUGGUUUAGUUAGGGUUUGUUUUUGGAGGGAUUGGGUUACAAUAUACAAUCGUUUAUCGCUAUGUUCAGUUGGUAGUCGAAGCAAUAAAAUAACGUACGUUUAAUAAAUGCAUUUGAUUUAGCUGGUUGUUUCGGGAUGAAAUAUAGGCUUUCUAUGAAAUGUUAUUGUGAAGCUGCCCAUUGGUUAACCUUAGGACCAAGUUACGUGAAUUGAAUUUAUGAGCCAACUUAAUUCUUCAUAUUGGGAGCCAGGUCAACUUUUUGGUGAUAAUGAGACACAGAUGUGCAGUCAAGGAGAAGCGAAUUUACAUAAACAUCUAAAUGGGUGUACCAAAAAUCCUGGCCAUACAUAUUUUAGACCCAUCGAUAAGUUCACAAUAAAAGAUCUCCCACAAAAUCAUCGUGACAAUGACCUUUUCAACUUUGUCAAAGCUGCAGCUGACUUGACAGUUCGAGUUGAUGUUCCAAUGAUCAGCCCCUAUAGACCUGAGCAUUGGCCCAAUACGAAAAUACCGUACCCGUUCUUCAAAGACAAAGGGAAGAAACUUCUGCGGACAGGUAGCGGGGAAAUAAAUGUGCAUAAAUAUAAAAACGGCGUGAAAUUGAUUUGGCUGCUAGAUCUUUCAAAAGAGAGGAUGUAUAACCAGGCAAUAAAAUGUCCAUGUAGAAAAUGUCAACUUUCAGAACAUCCUAACACAGUCUGGUAUGAGGUAUUAGUGACAACAGCCAGACAUGUUGUCUUUGACGACAUCGAGGCCAGGGAAACGUCUCUAAGAUUGUUUUACGACAAACAAGAUAGCCCCGUAGUGAGAUUAGACGGAGUCAGUAUCUUUAGUGCAAACACUGAAUUUGACAGUGCAAUAUUGCAAUGUGCCACUUGUGACGUAAGCAUCGGGGAAAAACUUUUCCGCCUUAAAGAAAAGCAUCUUCGUUUUCGAAACAAAGUCAUUGAGAUAUACGCGCUAAGAUCUAAUGACGACUUUAACUUUCUGGUUUCGCAUCCUCAUGGAUGUACCAAACAGGUCAGUUUUGGUCAGUGGAAGAACUACUACAAGAUGCGACUUGAUGACAGAGAACGAGAUUUGAGAAAACUGACCUACACGACCAGUACAUGUCCAGGAAGCAGUGGCGCCAGGGUCUACAGUCUUGGCUACUGUGAUCACGUCCAUAGUGGGACAUUGUUGUCUGGUCUUAAUUAUAGCAGUACAGGAUGCUAUCAUAUCCUUUAAAGUGAAUGAUGGACUUUACCUUCGAAAUAUAAUCCUCGUGUUCAAUGAGACGAGCAUGUUUAGAAUCAAGUUGAAAAAAUAAUUAAAAAUUGUAUAUAUAAUGUAAACAAGUGAGUUCGGACAUAAGUAACGGGCUCAAAUUUACAUUGCAGACUGGAAAUUUGAAAGCAACUUCUUAGGAGAUCCCUGAGUGAACGUCAUUCUAAUGGUAACCUAACAUAAGUUUUGGCAAGUUAAGGCAACUUCUCUUUAAAUCGUUAAUAUACAGUGGGUACCUGACAUUAGUUGGGGAAAGGUAAAGGCGGUUGGUCGUUGUGCCACGUUAUUCGUAGGCCACAUAAACAGAUGACCUUUACCUUACCUGCCCGAUAGAUCGCAAGAUCUGAAAGGGGAACUUUACUUUCCAAGUGGGUCACUUAGCUCCAUUAAGGCAAUGACCUAACGCAAUUAUAACAAACGCUACCUUGUCCGGCUGUAUUGGCGCUGCUCGUUAACAGGAGGACGUCAAUGAAUCUCUCUUUUUAUAAUCGUGUCUUAUUUGUUAUUAUUACUAUUAUUAUUAUGUUAGCAAUGAACGAGAAGUUAUUCUCUGGCGCUGCCAGGGUCGAGUUUCGCUAAAUAGAAACAAAAAUUCAUCGUAGUCCCUUUAACAGUUUCCACUGAGGAAUUUUCUGGUGAUGUGGCAGGUCUGCAGCAGUACCGCCCUCUGACAGGCAACGACGAUUAUUAUUAUUAUUAUAAUUUUAAUUAUUAUUAUACAAAAUUAUUACAUGUAACGUAAUUAAACUAACUACUUGAAUGCAGGAGACCCGCUAGUUGCCCACUUUUAAGGUUUACUGAUGACAUUAAGCUCUUCAAAAUCGACACUAACAGUUGGGGAAGAGGCCAGGAUAGAUACACACGGAAAGCAAGCCUACAGUACGGGACCUGUGUUGCAUAGACACAAGAAGUAGAAAAAAGGGAAAUUCUCAUACAGUUAAUCUUCUAAAGCGAUGUUGUUGUUUUUUAUCUUUGUAUUUAUUUUGGGUCUGUUGAUAAAGGGCACGUAUCCCGUAUGGGGGACCAACGUAUGCCAAAGGCAGACUUUUUUGUGAGCUAAAAGGUGGUCGACGUAAAAGAGGUGCCCCACUGAAAAGCAUCAAAGACCAGCUUAGGCGUCAACUUGCCUUAGUUGACGUGGAAGUGAGCAACUGGCUGCAUUCGGCCUCAGAACGAUACAGCUGGAGGUCACUCACAAAGGCCGCGGGAUACACAUUUGAGGCCAAAAGAAAAUCAGCUUCCGAGGACAGACGCAGACGGCGAAAAAAAAAUCUAAAUCAACCACCUGCGGACAAUGGUUGUGCUUGCGCUGGAUGUGGCAAAAUAUGUAGGUCACAGUUGGGGCUGCGCAGCCACCGGCAUUACUGAAUUCCUCACUGAUCUUUGGACUCGAAGACAAGCCUUAUUAUUAUUAUUAUUAUUGACAAAGUAUGCAGUCCUGGAGAAAAUGGUCAACAUUCUCUGGUGACACUCCACAGGGGCAUGUUUCGCCAACUCAGAUUUCAUUCUUUCGGGAUAUCUGUUGUCUUAUUUUGUUGUAUCCUGUACUAGGUGAAAUUUUAUAUGCUGACCGUAUACAUAGAUACACUUUAUUACCGCAAAGGGCCCUCUACAAGAAACGUUCUAUUAAUGCGCAGAGAAAUAAAUUUAUAACUAAAACCUAUCUAUCUAAAGUUACUUAAGUUUGUAGACAAUGUAUUGCAAUAAAAAAAAAUGUAGGAAACAAUGGAAAGUCUAACUGUAUAUCAAUUUGUCCCUUUCGAGAGUAAAGUCUCCUAUAAUUAUCAAAUAUUUGUUUACGUUUUAUUCCCGAUUCAACAUUUUUUGUUUCUCCUUUAUUUGUGUAUUCUUUGUCACCAAUUACUAAAAAUAAAGAUAGAUAUAUAUAUAUAUAUACAUGUUCAAUAGGCGAUAUACCAUUCAUGAAAUGUUUUAAUAAAUACAGAACAUUCAAA